AUGAGCUACAGCAGGGACCUGCUCUUCGCUGCUCCGUCCUACGGCAAGAAAGCCUUCGGGGAGCCCCCGUCGCGGCUCUCGGCGGGCCGGAGCGUUGUGUACGGCUCGACGGCGGGCGCGGGCCGGGCGGGGGCAAUGCAGCCGCCGCGGGGAGGCUUGGCCCCCUCGGCCUUCUCGUCGUCGUAUCGGAAGCUGCCGGCGCCGAGCAGCUCGCUGGACCACCUGGAGGCGCUGCGGGCCGGGGGGGCGGCGUCGGGGCCGAGCGCGCUGAGCAACGAGCUGAAGAUCGUGCGCACCAACGAGAAGGAGCAGCUGCAGGGCCUCAACGACCGCUUCGUCACCUACAUCGAGAAGGUGCACCAGCUGGAGCAGCACAACCGGCUGCUGGAGGCCGAGGUGGCGGCGCUGCGGCAGCGCCAGGCCGAGCCGUCGCGCCUGCAGGCGCUCUACGAGCAGGAGGUGCGCGAGCUGCGCUCCCAGGUGGAGGCGCUGCGGCACGACGGCGACCAGGCGGCGCUGGAGAGCCAGCAGCUGGGCCGCGCCCUCCAGCGGCUGCGCGACGAGGCGGCCCACGAGGCGGCGCGGCGCCAGGAGGCCGAGCUGGCGCUGCGCGACGCGCGCAAGGACGCCGACCGCGCCGCGCUCGCCCGCCUCGAGCUGGAGAAGAAGGUCGAGGCGCUCCUGGACGAGAUCGCCUUCCUGCGCCACGUCCACGACGAGGAGGUGGCCGAGCUGCACGCCGAGCUGCAGGGGGCGCAGGUCUCCGUCGAGAUCGAUAUGAGCAAGCCUGACCUCACGGCUGCCUUGAAAGAGAUCCGCACCCAGUACGAAGUCCUGUCCGCCCGGAACCAGCAGUCGGCUGAGGAGUGGUACAAAUCCAAGUUUGCCAACUUCACUGAAGAGGCGGCUCGCAGCAGCGACAGCAUCCGCCAGGCCAAGGAGGAGAUUUCCGAAUAUCGCCGGCAGCUGCAAGCCCGGAACAUCGAGAUCGAGUCCUUGCGCGGCGCCAACGAGUCCCUGGAGAGGCAGCUGCAGGAGGCUGAGGAGAGGAGCAGCAAAGAGCUGCGUGACCUGCAGGAGACCAUCAGCCAGCUUGAAAAUGCCCUGAGGACAACCAAGGGGGAGAUGGCCCGUCACCUGCGGGAGUACCAGGACCUGUUGAAUGUGAAGAUGGCUCUGGAUAUUGAAAUUGCAGCAUACAGAAAAUUGCUGGAAGGGGAAGAGACCCGCCUGAGCACCGUCAGCAGCACCAGCAGCAGCAGUGCUUUCGGCCUGAGCUACCCCUUCUCCUCGAGCCCCCUGGCCGGCUUCAAGGGGUUCUCGGCCAGCACAGUGGCGAUCCGGAAGGACAAGAAGGCAGAGUCCCAGGACAGCCCCAAGGAGUCCAAUGACUCAGGAGAGUCAAAGGACGAGGACGAUUCUGGAGAUGAGAAGUCUGCAACGGGCGUGCCCAAAACCUAAAACGGUGUCCCAAAGGCAGCCCUCCCCACCCCCCCUCUCACUGGAUUUCCUCAGAAUGGGGUGAGGGUGUUGUAGGUGUUUCAGACAUGGGAUGGCUCUUGGGAUGAGUCCGUCAGGCAGACCACGAUAACCGGACACCAAAUUACUCCUGGACAGAUCCGCAAGCCUCUGGCAACUCUCCAGGAGCCAGCACCGCACAGAUCUGCCCAGAACUCAGUUGCAUAUCACAAGCAGGGGCUUUAGAGCUCUUGGGCAGAUAGCUGGGCCUCUUGGCUCUCUGGCAUCACAAACCUCUGCAAGUUUACUUUGGAGUAAAUCCCAGUGUGUUCGUCUGUGAGCGACACACAGAAGUCUUCCCGUGUCUGAAACACUUCUGGAAAAACGUAAUCUUCU